GGGUUGAGUGGGGACUCUGAUGAGGGGGUUGGUUGGGAGUGCCUAGGGUGGCUCAAGCCCUUGGCAGCUCCGCCCCCUCAAAGGCCAUUCAGUCCCUUCCUUGGGCCUUUUCUUCCUAUGGCCUCUGACCCGCUCCUUCCUACCCUUCUGCUGGGCACAUCCCAGGCCACAGCAAGUGGGACGAGAGUGUGGGAGGACACAGAGAAAGUACUGGAAGCUUGAAACGGGGCAGGGAGGUGAGAGUUACAGACACCAGGCAGAAGGACCAGGACGGACAGACACACACACACACACACACACACACACACACACACACACACCAGAGAUCUACAGGCCAAACCAGAGACACAGAGAGACAAAGAAGAAACAGACAUGAGAUUGCAGGGGUGGGAAACAGAAUAAUAGAAAGAUUGGGAGAGAGACUGACAGACAAUCCCACACUCCAGAUACAGGGAGAGAGGGACCGGCUGAGAGAGAGAACAAGAAGGCGACCAGCCACAGGACAGCAUGGCCAGCAGCAGGAUGGAGGGGCAUCCCACAAAGAUGUAGUGGUCAGGGUCUGGCAGGGUAGGGUGAGUGGGAGCCUGGGCAGGGGCAGGGGGCAUGGGAGGGGCAGGCAUUCUAUUGUUGCUGUUGGCCGGGGCUGGGGCAGGAGUGGCCUGGAGUCCCCCCAAGGCAAAGUGUCCCCCACGCUGCUCCUGUUCCAAGGAAAGCACCCUGUGUGAGGGCUCCUCCGAGCUGCCCGAGAGCUUCUCCGCCACGCUCCUGUCACUCUCCCUCAUCAAGAUGGGGGUCUCCCAGCUGAAGGCUGGCAGCUUCAUGAAGAUACCAUCACUGCACUUGCUGCUCUUCACAUCCAAUACCUUCUCCGUGAUCGAGGACGAUGCCUUCAUUGGCCUGUCCUACCUGCGGUACCUCUUCAUUGAGGACAACAAGAUUGGCUCCAUCUCCAAGAACGCCCUGAGAGGACUCCGCUCACUCACACACCUAAGCCUGGCCAACAACCACCUCGAGGCCCUACCCAGAUUCCUGUUCCGAGACCUGGAGACUCUGACUCAUGUGGACCUCCGAGGGAACCCGUUCCAGUGUGACUGCCGAGUACUUUGGCUGCUGCAGUGGAUGCCUACGGUGAAUGCCAGUGUGGGCCUGGGGGCCUGUGCAGGCCCCUCUGCCCUUGCCCGAAUGCAACUCAAUCAUCUUGACCCUAAGAAGUUCAAGUGCAGAGCCACAGAACUGUCCUGGCUCCAGACUGUUGGGGAGUCGGCACUGAGCGUGGAGUCCUUCUCCUAUCAGGGGGAACCUCACGUGAUCCUGGCACAGCCCUUCGCUGGCCGCUGCUUGAUCCUGGUCUGGGACUACAGCCUGCAGCGCUUCCGGCCUGAGGAAGAGGUGUCCGCGCCCUCCGUGGUGUCCUGCAAACCUCUGGUGCUGGGCUCACACCUCUUCAUACUGGCUGCCCGCCUGUGGGGAGGCUCACAGCUGUGGUCUCGGUCUAGCCCCGACCUGCGUCUGGCCCCAAUACAGGUCCUAGCCCCUCAAAGGCUGCUGCGACCCAAUGAUGCAGAGCUCCUGUGGUUGGAUGGGCAGCCCUGCUUCGUGGUGGCUGACGCCUCCAAAGCUGGGAGCACCACGCUGCUGUGCCGCGAUGGGCCCGGCUUCUACCCACGUCAGAGCCUGCAUGCCUGGCACCGCGACACGGACGCUGAGGCCCUGGAGCUGGAUGGCCGACCGCAUCUGCUGCUUGCUUCAGCCUCCCAGAGGCCGGUGCUCUUCCAUUGGUUUGGUGGCCGCUUCGAGAGGCGCACAGACAUCCCAGAGGCUGAGGACGUCUAUGCCACGAAACACUUUCAGGCCGGUGGAGACGUGUUCCUGUGCCUGACACGAUACAUUGGGGACUCCAUGGUCAUGCGCUGGGAUGGCUCCAUGUUCCGACUGCUACAGCAGCUUCCAUCUCGAGGUUCCCAUGUCUUCCAGCCACUGCUCAUCGCCAGAGACCAGUUGGCCAUCUUGGGCAGCGACUUUGCCUUCAGCCAAGUCUUCCGCCUUGAGCCUGAUAAAGGGAUCCUGGAGCCACUACAGGAACUGGGACCCCCGGCCUUGGUGGCCCCUCGCGCCUUUGCCCAAGUCAUGGUAGCAGGAAGACGCUUUCUAUUCGCAGCGUGCUUCAAGGGCCCCACGCAGAUCUACCAGCACCACGAGUUGGAUCUCAGUGCCUGAGGCUGGGCAGGACCCUGGAAGUGGCUGUGGGGCUGGCAAGGACAUCCUACGACAUCUGGGUACCCUCUCGGGCCUGGCCUCCUGGCCAU